AGGAUUACCAGAGUGAGCUCUGUUCAUGUUUACUGACUGACAACCUGAAAGCACUAUGGCUCGUUUCUCGACACACAUCAUCUUUACCUCUGUCCUCUGCCAGCUAACAGUCACAGCAGCUUCUGGAACGCCAAAGGAGGUGGCCGGUGCCCUUGAUGGAUCUGUGACAUUCACUCUGAAUACUACUGAAGUAAAAGUUGACAGUGUUGUAUGGACCUUCAAGACACUCUUUCUUGCCAUAAUAAAUAAAAAUGGUACCAUCAAAUCACAAAGUUAUGAAGAAAGGAUAGUCUUUUUAGAUAGACACUCCAUGAAGCUCAGCCAGCUGAAGAAGAAUGACUCUGGAGACUACCGUGCAGAGAUUCACAUUGCGUCAAAUUCACUUUCAUCUCCCUUCAUGCAGGAGUACGUGCUGCAUGUCCAUGAGCACCUGUCAAGGCCCAAGGUCAACACAGAUUCGCAAAGCAGCAAGGACGGCACCUGCAUCUUAAAUCUGACAUGUUCCGUGGAACGGGGAGGAGAGAAUGUGACAUACAGCUGGAAAGCUGUGGGACAGACAGUCGAUGAGUUUCAUGACAGUGCCAACCUCUCCAUCUCCUGGAGACUGGGAGAGAAAGACAAGACCAUAAUCUGCACAGCCAGGAAUCCAGUCAGCAGCAGUUCCUCAACCCCACUCCUCGCCCAGAAGCUCUGUAAAGAUGCUGCCAAGGACCUAAAUUCACCCAGGGUCCUCAAAUACAUUCUGUGCGUCACACUAGUGCUCGUCCUGUUCUGUAUCCUGCUGGUGACUAUUCUUUUUAGGUGGAUACCGAAAGGAAAAGGCUUUGAGGAAGACAAGAAGAGAGUGGACGGCCACCAGGAAAUGUCCAACUCUUGCCCUCACUUGGAGAACACAGACUAUGACACAAUCCCUUACACAGAAAAAACGAGACCAGAAGAAGAUGCGCCAAACACACUUUAUUCCACUGUGCAGAUCCCCAAAGUGGUGAAGAGUCCCAGCUCCCCACCUGCAAUGCCACACCCGCCAAGGUCAUUAAGCUUUGAAAAUGUUAUCUAGACAGCAGCACUCCGUCCUCUUACUCAAGAAAAAAAGAAAGAAAGAAAGGAAGGAAGAAACUACAAAAAUCUCACCAUUCCGAGCAGAAUGAGAAACUCCCGCCAAAGACUGGAUGUAAAUGUCUCCCCCAACGACCCAUGUAUUUGCAUACAGAUGGUGAAGGUCAGGCAGGCCCAAGGGGUUUCAGAGAACAAUGACUCUUGGGGAUUGGGAUAUAGCCCAUUCAGAUAUUCUGACAAAGAAUCUGGCUAUACCCAUCCUGUCUCCAGUAAUUAUGAAUGAGGCUGUAUUCAUAGGCAUUGGACUAAUUUGUUUGAUGAAGAAAAUUUCAAGACAGCACAGCAUCUAGGCUGUGGCACAGUCAUACUCACCGUUUUUAUUCACAUUUAUAGUAACUCUGUUGUGUGUAAAUAUUUAAUCUCAAUCAUUCAGUUCCCAUACAACCUUUUAUAUUUAUAAUAAGCCUUUAAGUACCAUGACUGGGCAGAUAUCUACCCUCUAUGUUAUUAUGUCUACUUCUCUAUCAAUAACCCGGAGGUAUAAUUUUCUAUGUUUCAUCUGGGCAGCUCUUACUCCAAUUGGCCAGCCCUCAUGGCCACAUUUUCAUAAUUAGCCUACCCAAUGGCAUCUUCUCUCUCCACCUUCUCUUUCUUCCCUCCUCAUGAUCCUUCCGCCUCAGAUCCCAAGCCUGGGAACAAAAACCUCGCCUACCUCUCUUCUGCCCAGCUAUAGGCUGCCGGCAUCUUUAUUCAAACAAUAGUUUUGAAUUAAGGAGCAAGGAUACAUGCUUUGUAUAGGUGAGAAUUCUCUAGUCACUGAGGGCAACCAGACCUUGGGGACCAUUAAUAAGUAUUACAAUAUAUAGCAGCAGACCAAACCUCAACAGAACUCAAAAUAAAGGGAACAGGAAGAUGGGGAAAGCAUGCAGUUUGAUAGGGAACAUGAAAGGCUUUCAAAUGAGUUUUUCAGUUUAGACUGUAAUGGUUAAAGAGAUGAGUUCCUUUAAAGAGUAACCCCAGCUCCCUUGCGGCUUACUUUGCCACAGCGCCGACAGCCCCACCCCCUCUCUCUGUGGAAUCACCAUGGCAGCUGGGACCCUGUCCACAUACCCUGAAAACUGGAGGGCCUUCAAGGCCCUCAUCGCUGCUCAGUACAGCGGGGCUAGGUCCGCGUGCUCUCCGCACCACCCCACUUCCACUUCGGCCAAACCAACCACACCCCCGAAUUUCUCAGAAAAUUUCCUGUGGACAAGGUUCCAGCCUUUGAGGGCGAUGACGGAUUCUGCGUAUUUGAGAGCAAUGCCAUCGCCUAUUACGUAAGCAAUGAGGAGCUGCGGGGAAGUAUGCCAGAGGCAGCAGCGCAGGUGGUGCAGUGGGUGAGCUUUGCUGACAGUGACAUCGUCCCUCCAGCCAGCACCUGGGUGCUCCCCACCUUAGGCAUUAUGCACCACAACAAGCAGGCCACUGAAAAUGCCAAAGAGGAGGUGAAGCGGAUCAUGGGGCUGCUGGACACUCAUCUGAAGACACGGACUUUUCUGGUUGGUGAGAGAGUGACACUGGCUGACAUCACGGUUGUCUGUACCCUAUUGUGGCUCUAUAAACAGGUCUUAGAGCCUUCUUUUCGCCAGGCCUUCCCCAAUACCAGGUUCCUUACCUGCAUUAACCAGCCCCAGUUCAGGGCCAUCUUGGGGGAGGUGAAGCUGUGUGAAAAGAUGGCUCGGUUUGAUGCUAAGAAGUUCGCAGAGAGCCAGCCAAAAAAGGAUACCCCGAAGAAAGAAAAGGGCUCACGAAAAGAGAAGCAGAAGCCCCAGACUGAGCGGAAAGCGGAAAAAAAAGGCAGCUGCCCCAGCUCCUGAGGAAGAGAUGGAUGGUUGUGAGCAAGCAUUGGCUGCUGAGCCCAAGGCCAAGGACCCUUUCGCUCACCUGCCCAAGAGUACCUUUGUGUUGGAUGAGUUUAAGCGAAAGUACACCAAUGAGGACACCCUCUCUGUGGCGCUGCCAUAUUUUUGGGAGCACUUUGAUAAGGAUGGCUGGUCCCUGUGGUAUGCUGAGUACCGCUUCCCUGAAGAGCUCACCCAGACCUUCAUGAGUUGUAACCUCAUCACUGGAAUGUUUCAGCGAUUGGACAAACUAAGAAAGAAUGCCUUUGCUAGUGUUAUCCUGUUUGGAACCAACAACAGCAGCUCCAUUUCUGGGGUUUGGGUCUUCCGAGGCCAAGAUCUUGCCUUUCCGCUGAGUCCAGAUUGGCAGGUGGACUAUGAGUCAUAUACAUGGCGGAAACUGGAUCCUGGUAGUGAGGAGACCCAGACCCUCGUUCGAGAGUACUUUUCCUGGGAGGGGGCCUUCCAGCACGUGGGCAAAACCGUCAAUCAAGGCAAGAUCUUCAAGUGAACGUGUCUUGCCAGUCGCCUAGCUGCCUGCACCUACCCUUCAAGGGAGAUGGGGAUCAUUAAAGGAAACUGAACAUUGAAAAAAAAAGAGUAACCCCAGACUGUGCCCUAGGGCAAUAGAAAGGGGGCAUGGAGAGCAAGACCCUGUCUAUGAAAAACUUCACGGUAUAAACUGAAAACUAUUCAAAAAGCUUUCAUUUAAACAGAACGCCUGAACACAGGAGCAUCCUGGAUCGUCACAUAAGACUGGGGAAGUGUUUCUCUGGAUUCUCACAGUUCUCAGAAGUUUCUGGAGCCCUGACCCAAUGAUUCAAGCCGGUAUGGCUCUCUCCUGGAGAGGCAGCAGAACUCAGCGACAUCCAGGCUUUCCACACGUUCAGAAUGUAAAAUGUGGGGAGCCACUGUGGUUCCAGGAGAGGAAAACCAGGUGAUGUGUAUCGAGGUUGGGCUUUCUGAGUGGACCUGCCCUGUGAGCGUGCAUGAAACCAUGAAGGCAAAGCCUAACUUGCAGCUUAGACUCCAGGGAGCUGGAACUGCCAGGAACAUGAAGCAUUUACUAAGAAAAACUUCAGCCACUGAAAACACCCAAGAAAGAGGCCGUGUGUGGUUUAGGAUGCAGGGUCCAAAUCCUUUGGAGCUUACAUGAUGAUACCACAUAGCAGGAUGCCAGAUACGGAGCUUCAAGGCUUACGUCUCUCUGCCAGGUUCUGACCUGUCUUUGGCUCUUUCUUUGCCACGCCCCCUCCCUCCCUUUUGGACUGUGAAUGUUUCCUCUGCCAUUGUACAUUGAAAGUAUGUGAGUUUUCUAUUUUGUAGGAGCUCACAGCUAAGACUUUGCCUUUCGUCUCAAUAAAAGACAUUGGCUAUCGAACUGUUAUCGCUCGGGACCCUUGAAGUCAGAUGGACUGCAUUUUGCUUUGUGUGAUGGCUAUAAAUCUAUUGCGCCAAGAUGUGAACAUUGUGGGUUGAGUCUUAAAAGACGCUCCACGCACAGGCUGUUGUGUUUGACCAGCUGGUGUUAUUCAAGGCCUCUGUAGAACCUAGAGAAGAUAAAGCCUGCCUGGAGACGAUGGGCAAACCUUCUGCUUCCAGCUCAUGCCGAGUCCUGUCCACCAUGCUGUGGAGAAGCAGAUAUUGCAAACUCCUUCCAACACAGACCAUGCCCCUGAAGCCGCCACGCCUCUGGUGGCAAUGGGUUAUAACCUCUAGAACACAAAAUCAAAAUCAGCCCCUUCCCCUGUAAGUUGCUUCUGCCAGGAUUUUGACACAGCGGUAACUAAUACCAUUUCCUUCCAGAAUAAGCUAUUCUUAGGGUCUUUGGACUUUGAGGUUCAUUGUCAAACCCAGAAUCUGUGUUUCUUUCUGCCAAUGUGACUGACUCUGUCAGUUAGCCCAGAGGAAAAGACUGGGAGAUGCCUCAACACAUAAGUAUAUAUUAAUCAAGGCCUCAGGACAGAAUCUUAGGUCCUAUUCUAGUGCAGAUCUUGAGAUCAGGACUACCGGGAGACUGCUUGCUGGGGUGUACAAAUGGGUCCAGCACAAGCAGGUUUGACCCCCCAAAAUAAAGGUAUUAAUUUAUUAAUGGAACCACCAGCUAUGAGCCAGGUACUGUGUUGCAUUUGCACGAAUUAUUCCAACACCUUCACUCUUGCUUGAUAUCGCAUAAGCCACUUUAUAGGGUGCCACAGAAAUAUUGACUGUGGAGUCCCAGAAGGGUAUGUAAGUACCAGUGGUCAAAAUGGGCAAGGACAGAAAAUCCAAUUAAACACCUAUGUUUGGCUGGUAAUCUGAGGUCAUUUCAAGCAUAUGAUGAAAGACAGGGACCACUCAUCUCGACUUCGUUUAUACCUGCAUGCUCCAAGGGAAGCGUGUAAGCCCUGGACCUAUAGAGGAGUCCACCUUAUCACUAGAGAAAUAGCCUGCAUACAAACUUUGGAUCUAGUCUAAGACCUAGCAUCAGAGAUAGAGUCUGGGGUUUGAUGGCUUGAAGACUUUUACAGUUGGUUUUGUUGUUGUUGUUGUUGAUGUUGUUGUUUUUCCAAUGAGUCUUUAUUGAGAACUUCUGCUAAGUUAGUCUUCUAGGUAAAACAGACAUAUACCCUCUCCCAUAAA